GGCAAUAUCUCGUCGCUGCGGAGCGCCGCGUGGCCCUGCCAACCAAGCCAACGGGCAUUCCGUCACUAUUUCCGUCACUAGCCGCGUUCGCGCAUGGUUACGUGAUCUGCCCGACUCGACAAUACUAUUUUAAGCGAUCGUGCAGAGCGACCUCCCGUUUAGUCGACAAUUGAACAGCGAACGGACAGCACGUUCAGCAACAAGGUGUAAGAAAACCACGUGCAGUAAAUCGGUGACAUUGUUCUUUAGCCGUACAAAAAGAUAAGACCGAUCACACAGAAAUGGCAAAGACACCAGCUGUCGGUAUAGAUCUUGGCACUACCUACUCGUGCGUCGGUGUGUUCCAGCAUGGCAAGGUGGACAUUAUCGCGAACGAUCAGGGCAACCGGACCACCCCGUCGUACGUGGCGUUCACUGAUUCGGAACGGUUGAUUGGAGAUGCUGCCAAGAACCAGGUGGCGAUGAAUCCCAACAACACCAUUUUUGAUGCCAAACGCUUGAUCGGUCGCAAGUUUGACGAUGCCACAGUACAGGCCGACAUGAAGCACUGGCCAUUCGAUGUGAUCAGCGACGGCGGCAAACCGAAGCUGCAGGUCGAGUACAAGGGCGAGAAGAAGUCGUUCUUCCCGGAGGAGGUGUCCUCGAUGGUGCUGACCAAGAUGAAGGAAACGGCUGAAGCGUACCUUGGCAAGAGCAUUGCCAACGCCGUCAUCACCGUGCCGGCGUACUUCAACGACUCGCAGCGCCAGGCCACGAAGGAUGCCGGUGCGAUCGCCGGGUUGAACGUGCUGCGCAUCAUCAACGAGCCGACGGCGGCCGCCAUUGCGUACGGGCUGGACAAGAAGGGGGCCGGCGAGCGGAACGUGCUGAUCUUCGAUCUCGGCGGCGGCACCUUCGACGUGUCGAUCCUCACGAUCGAGGACGGUAUCUUUGAGGUGAAGUCGACGGCCGGCGACACCCAUCUCGGCGGCGAGGACUUUGACAACCGCAUGGUGUCGCACUUUGUCGAGGAGUUCAAGCGCAAGCACAAGAAGGACAUUACGAGCAACAAGCGCGCGCUGCGCCGAUUGCGCACGGCUUGCGAGCGGGCAAAGCGCACGCUGUCCGCGUCCACCCAGGCAAGCAUCGAGAUCGACUCGCUGUACGAGGGCAUCGAUUUCUACACCUCGAUCACAAGGGCCCGAUUCGAGGAGCUCAAUUCGGACCUCUUCCGCGACACGAUGGAGCCGGUGUCGAAGGCGCUGCGCGAUGCCAAGAUGGACAAAGCCAGCAUCCACGACAUCGUGCUCGUCGGUGGAUCGACCCGCAUUCCCAAGGUGCAGAAGCUGCUGCAGGACUUCUUCAACGGCAAGGAGCUGAACAAAUCGAUCAACCCGGACGAGGCCGUCGCAUACGGGGCCGCCGUGCAGGCCGCCAUCCUGCAGGGUGACACGUCGGAAGCGGUUCAGGAUCUGCUGCUGCUGGAUGUGACGCCCCUGUCGCUGGGCAUCGAAACGGCCGGUGGCGUGAUGACGGUGCUGAUCAAGCGCAACACCACGAUCCCGACGAAGCAGACGCAAACGUUCACCACCUACUCGGACAACCAGCCGGGCGUGCUGAUUCAGGUGUUUGAGGGUGAGCGCGCCAUGACCAAGGACAACAAUCUGCUGGGCAAGUUCGAGCUGAGCGGCAUCCCGCCGGCACCGCGCGGUGUGCCCCAGAUCGAGGUGACGUUCGAUAUCGACGCGAACGGUAUCAUGAACGUGUCGGCGAUCGAGAAGUCCACCAACAAGGAGAACCGCAUCACGAUCACGAACGACAAGGGCCGCCUGAGCAAGGAGGACAUCGAUCGGAUGGUGAACGAGGCGGAGAAGUUCCGCAACGAGGACGAGAAGCAGCGGGAAAAGAUCAGCGCGAAGAAUUCGCUCGAGGCGUACUGCUUCAACAUGAAGUCGACGAUGGAGGACGCGAACAUUAAGGACAAAAUCCCGGACGCUGACAAGACGCUCAUCAUGGACAAGUGUAACGCGACGAUUGCCUGGCUCGAUGGCAACCAGACGGCGGAGAAGGAAGAGUUCGAGCACAAGCAGAAGGAGCUGGAGGCCGUUUGCAAUCCGAUCAUUCAGAAGCUGUACCAGGGAGCGGGCGGUAUGCCCGGUGGUGGCAUGCCCGGUGGCGGUAUGCCCGGUGCCGGUGGAGCUCCGCCAACCUCCGGCGCUGGCCCAACGAUAGAGGAGGUGGAUUAAAGAAGGGCAGAAGCAUAUGUGCUGGGGAAAAGCAUACGGGAUGAGGGAUGUAAUGAAUAAAACAAUCUACCACCAAGAAGGUGAAAACUGUUAAACAAAAA